AUGGUCUAUCAGUGCUCAGAAGUUGAGACUGCCUGUGACCGGGACCAGCAGUGCGGGGCUGGGAUGUGCUGCGCCGUCAGCCUCUGGAUGCGCAGCCUGAGGAUGUGCACCCCCAUGGGAAACCUGGGAGAGGAGUGCCACCCCCUGAGCCACAGGGUGCCCUUCUCUGGGCGGAGGAUGCACCACACCUGCCCGUGCCUCCCGGGCCUGGCCUGCCUCAGGACUGCCCACAGCAGGUUCAGGUGCCUGCCAGACUUCAGAAAAGAAGACGUCUUUUUUUAGCAGGAACUGUUCUGCACUAGGAAGAGCCGCUCAGUAUUUUUGUUCUCUCGUUAUUGUGACAAACAAACCCUGGUAUUUUCCAGGAGAAGCCCUUCCCCAUCAGCUGGAGAUGAGACACUGCUGUAAUGCCAAGGGACUCACAGUGGAGGAUGCUUUCAUUUUGGGGUAGCCAAACAACAUCUACUAGAGCAAAACUCCUUCUGAGGGAGUGGCUUGACCGUUCCUGAAUCAUUUUAUGGGCUUCCUGGUUCCUGUUUAACCCCAGAAUGAAAAAAAUCCAAGUUUAUUGCCAGUUUUGGAAAAACUU